ACAGUCUCCAAUCGCCAUUCAAGCGCGUGUACAAACCUUCUGUUCACCACGUAAACUUUUCAAAUUCCCACCCGCCAUAAAAUUCCAAUCCCCAAUCAUACCCGCGUGUCACACACGCAUCGCCCCUUCCAACUGGUGCUCACAGAUAUCGAGUGAUUUCACUUCCAGAAUAUUCGGCGAUAUAAUACUUCUGAGUUACGCAACCCCCAAAUGUGUAACUAAGUCCACGAUCGCUCACGAACCCACCGUUGUCGUACACCUGUGUAGAUUCAAUAGAGAGAAACUUCACAAUUUCUACAAGAGAAAGUUAGAUUUGAUCGGAACCCAAAGGAUUGGUGAUUGGUAUUAUGUUUUUGGAUGUAUGGCUUCGAGGCAUAUAGAUGGAGUUAGAGAGAUACAGAGAUACAGCGAGGGUAAGGUUUACAGAAGGAAAGUUUUCAAAGGUAUCAAGAUAAACCCUAAUAUAGAGGAAACUGUUUUGAAAGAUGAAAAUAUCCCUACUACUAUCGUUACCAGUGACACAGACAAUAACAAUGGUACUACCCUUGAGAAUAUCGAUGAAGCUCCGGAAUUCGCAGUGUUGGGGGAUGGGAAUUUAGCUAAGGCUGAAGGGAGUUCAAGAUUGGAGGAUGGGAGUUCAAUUCAGCAGCAAUUGGGGGAUCAGAAUUUGGUUGAGGAGCAUGCGAGUUCAAGAACAGGGGACAGGAAUUCGCCUCAGCAACAAUUAGAGGAACUGAAUUCGGCUCAGCCACAUGCCAGUUUUCAACUUGCUGAUGGAAAUUCACCCCAGCAGAAAGUUGAGAACCAGGAUUCGGCUCAUCCGCAAGCGAGUUUGAGAAUUGGGGAUGGUAAUUCACCUCAACAGCAAUUAGUGGAACCAAAUUUGGCUCAGCCACAAGCCAGUUUGAGAGCAGGGGAUGGGAAUUCACCCCAGCGGCAGUUAGAGGAAGAGAAUUCGGCUCAGCCACAAGCGAGUUCGAGAACAGGGGAUGGGAAUUUGCCUCAUCAGCAGCUAGAGGACCAGUAUUCGGCUCAGCCACCAGCGAGUUUGAGAAUUGGGGAUGGGAAUUCUCUGCGGCAGAAAGUUGAGGGCCAUAAUUUGGUUCAGCCACAAGCGAGUUCAAUAAUUGAGGAUGGAAAUUCUCCGCGGCAGAAAACUGAGGACCAAAGUUUAGCUCAGCCACCAGUGAGUUCGAGAACGGAUGAUGGGGAUUCAGCCCAGCAGCAAGUUGAGGACCAGAAUUUGGCUCAGACACAUGUGAGUUCUAGAACAGAGGAUGUGAAUUCACCUCGGCCCCAAAACUCAACACAGAAGGAUGGGGACUCUCCUCAGAUACUGGAAAACUCAAGACCAGAGGAUGCUAGCCUGACUCAGCCGGAAGUGAAUUCAAGAUUGGAGGAUAGGAGUUUUCCUCAGCCGGAAUUGAAUUCAAAGUUGGAGGACAUGACUUCUCAGCAGCAAGAUAAUUCUAUAUUGGAAGAUGGGAAUUCGUCUCAGCCGCAAUUGAAUUUGAGAUUGGAGGGGAGUUCACUUCAACCAGUAGCGAAUUCUACAUCGGAGGAUCUGAAUUUGGCUCAGCCGCUGUCACAGUCAGUUUCUGAUGACUUGCACAUCAAUCAGCAGGCAGAACCUUCUAACCUUAAUGUUCGGCAGGAGGAUGAUAGACCUUCGAGCCCCAUCCAUAGGCAGGGAGCAAUUUCCGAUAACUUGCAUAGCCAUCAGCAGGUUGAACCUUCUAAUCCCAAUGUUCUGCUUGAGGAUGAUGGACCUUCGAGCCCCAUCCACAGGCACAAGGCAGUUCCUAGCACUGAAUACCGACAUUCAGAAAAUGUGACUGAGGAGCCGAAUCUGGAGGACCGAAUCAAAAUCAAUUUGGCCUCAACGUCGAAGCAGGAGAAGCAAGAGAUGUGCUUGAAGCUUGAAAGUGAGCUUGAUGCAGUGAGAAGUUUAGUCAAGAGGAUUGAAGUGAAACAGGGGUAUGUUGGUGGGUAUGGCAAUUCAAAUGUAGUGUUGGGUGGUGGGAUUACUAACGGGGGUGGAGCACAGCGCGCUCACUCAGAGGCAGGAUCUGUCGGUGUUUCGCGACAACCUACCAGGCCUUUGCACCAGUUAAGUUUUCCAAUGUUCCAGAAUAGUCGAAGGGCAAGUGAAGGUGUUGAGAAGGAGAAGAGAAUGCCUAAAGCUAACCAGUUUUAUCAUAACUCAGAGUUCUUGCUCGCAAAUGAUAAAUUCCCACCUGCAGAGAGUAACAAGAAGUCAAAAUUGAAUUGGAAGAAGCAAGGUGGUGGAGAUAUGGGUCUUGGGCUUCAAAUGGGAUCCAAGUUUUUCAAGAGUUGUAGUUCACUGCUUGAAAAAUUGAUGAAACACCAGUAUGCUUGGGUGUUCAACACUCCUGUUGAUGUUGAUGGUCUCGGUUUGCAUGAUUAUUUUACUAUCAUCACUAAUCCAAUGGACUUGGGAACUGUGAAGACGCGGCUGAACAAGAAUUGGUACAAAUCACCGAAGGAAUUUGCGGAGGAUGUGAGACUCACUUUUCAUAACGCUAUGACGUAUAACCCAAAGGGACAGGAUGUUCAUGCAAUGGCAGAGCAACUAUCAAAGAUAUUCGAGGACAGGUGGGCUAUAAUAGAGUCAGAUUACAAUCGUGAAAUGAGAUAUGGCAUGGACUAUGGGGCACCUUCACCUCUGUCUAGAAGGGUUCCGGCAUUUACUCCACCGCCGCCUCUUGAUAUGAGACGGAUUUUGGACAGACAAGAACCUUUUGCAAGAACUCCAAGGUCUAUGAAUAAUACUCCAUCAAGUAGAACCCCGGCUCCAAAGAAGCCAAAGGCAAAGGAUCCCAAUAAAAGAGACAUGACAUACGAUGAAAAGCAAAAACUAAGCACAAGCCUCCAGAGUUUACCUGUAGAGAAACUUGAUGCUGUUGUACAAAUGAUGAGGAAGAAAAACUUAGAAUUGAAUCAACAAGAUGAUGAAAUCGAAGUGGACUUUGAUGCCGUGGAUGCCGAGAUUCUUUGGGAGCUUGAUCGAUUUGUGCUCAAUUAUAAGAAAAGUUUGAGCAAAAACAAGAGGAAGGCUGAACAAGCUCGAGAGAGAGCAGAAGCUUUGCAGAAUUCCGUCCAGAGUAGCCAGCCACCAGCCACGGCCCAGAUUCCUAGAGAAAAACAAGCAGAUGAAAGAAAUGUUCCCCCAUCCUUGCCUAUGCAAGGGGGAAGUCAAGCAGAUAAUAAGAGUAGAUCAAGUAGUUCAAGCAGUGAUUCUGGGUCUUCUUCAAGUGAUUCUGAUAGUGACAGUUCCUCAUCCUCUGGAUCUGAUGCAGGGUCACGAGGAACUUGAAUAUACUGCAGAUGUUAGAUGUUUAGAGUAGAUAAUGAUGCGACGCUAGUUGGUUUUUGAAGUUUCCAGAUUAACAGUUGGAUUAUGUUGCAAUCCUGCUGAUGUAGUAGUAUCAGUAUGGGAGUUUUUCUUCCUAGUUGGAAAUCUUCGACACGAAUUCAUGUAUAAUAAUAUUGUUUGGUAGGAUGUGAUGAUAUAAUUGAUUUAGGUAGGUAGUGUUCUGUGUUCCGUAGCAUGUGUACAUUGCUAACUACUGCUGCGCAUUGAGUUUCCUUUAUGACAUGAAAUUUUUGUGCUAGCAGAUUCAGGAUUUUUGGUGUUAUACAAAGGACAAUGUGUAGUAAUUCUCUAGAACUUCAGAAUUCCAUUCCAUUUAGAUUACAACUGUGAAAAUUCAAGGAGAAUUCAAUCUGUGAUAGUAAAA